CGUUAUUUUCACGUGUCGCGGGGCGUGGAAAAGGCGCCUACGCAUGCGCAGACACGCUGACGCCGAGACACUGGACGUAUACAUCGCAAACUUAAGCUACGAGAAGGCCCCGAGCUGUGUUUAAUUCAGCAGAAUGUCCGGAUUUCUGGAUAGUAUCCGGUGUGGCGAGUGCGAUUGCUCAGUGGACUGGGCGGAGAAGAGGAACACCGUCGCCUCUAUAGCGGCCGGCAUCCUGUUUUUCACUGGCUGGUGGAUCAUUAUCGAUGCAGCAGUGAUGUACCCCAGCAAUACCCUAUUCAACCACACUUACCACGUCUGUGGAGUAAUUGCUACUGUGGCUUUCCUCAUGAUCAAUGCAGUAUCCAAUGGCCAGGUGCGAGGGGAUAGCUACAGUGAAGGCUGCAUGGGGCAGACAGGUGCCCGUAUUUGGCUCUUCAUCGGCUUCAUGUUGGCCUUUGGUUCCCUUAUCGCCUCCAUGUGGAUCCUGUUCGGUGUCUUCGUCGUGCACCAUAAGGAUACCGUGUACCCAGGCAUUGCUAUUUUCUUCCAGAACGCUUUCAUUUUCUUUGGGGGUCUGGUGUUCAAAUUUGGUCGCACCGAAGACUUGUGGCAGUGACCUGCUGUCUGUCACCUAGUGGGAUGUUCCACUGAUGCCUGUGUGUACAUAAAGCUUCAGCGUCUCUCCUUUUCUCAUCCUCCACCUUCUCCUGCCCCCUCCAAUGCCACUCCAGACGUGCUGCCUCCAUAAGCUCUUGGUUGAGAAACUUCUGGGUUUAGAAGUUGGCUUAUACCCCACAGUAACCGUGUGGCUUUUUAUAGAGAGAUGUCCAGCCGCACAGUCUUCUUCUGGAUGAGUAAGCUCCCGUUUCCCAAGGGAGUCUCUCUGUCAGGCCUUUCUGUGUUUGCCACAAUGUUCAAAAUAAUGUCUCUAAGAAUGCUGUCUGAAACAGAACUUUAAGCAAUAAUUUGAAGUUUUCAGUGCUGUGACAGUGUUUUUGACCUGAAGUCUCCCACUGUUUGGUUAAAUGUAUAAAUUUACAGUCCAGGCGGGUGGAGCAGCUUCUCUGCCCACACUGAGGUACUCAAGCGCUCUUUUUGAAGUUCUCAUUCUCUGAGAUGUUUCCACUUGACAUUGCUGGCUGUAUGUUGUCUGUUCCUUUCAUCAGUGAAACUCCUUCACUUGCUGUACAGCAGCAGGUGGAACAGUCUGUACAUGCUGAGCUCUGAUGUCAUGACACGUUUGGGGUAGUCCUCAUUCUCACUCUGAGCAAGCCAACGUCUUUCUGCCUUUUUUUCUUUUUAGAAAGUUUCAUGUUCUCUCUAGUUGGUCUUUUAUUAAAUCAUGUGCACAUGGUGUAUGCUGAGUUUAAUUCUCUUUGGGGUCCCUUGACAAACUGACAUGACCUUUGUUAUGCUGACACUGUCAGCAUCCGGCACACAGCAUGUGUUCAGUCUGUGUGGGACGUGGUGGUUGGGUGACAAGGUGCUUAAUGCUGAAUACUCUCCGUAAGCAGCAGUGAGGCCUGCUGCUCAUCCUCAUAAUCAAUCUUAAUGUUUAUUUUCUGUAAACUUUCUACAUACUUGGGCGUCUUACUGGUUUUUUUUUAGAAUGUAAAAGCUCUAUAACAGAUUAAAACAUGCAACCUUUGUGUUGA